AUCAUAGCACGUAUUCGCAUUUGUCAUAUGAAAAUAAAUUCCCCCCCACAACACAAUGGUCCCAGAGGCAACCCAAAGACAAUCCACAAACACUCGCACAAGUCUCGAAAAUUAUUCAAAUUGCCAUUGUUAGCAUUCGAGUGCAGAGCACAGCAGCAGUAUCGGGGGAUUUUCUUUUGAUUUUCACUUUCCUCCGCUCGUGAUCGUGAGCGUGUGCAGAAAUUUCCAAGCCAAAGGAAAGCCAGAGUCGCCUGCUCUGUUGGCCAGCUGACGCUCAAGUGCGGCACCCGAGACCCAGUCGAGAUCCCAGUCCAGGUCCCAGGCCUUAGAGCCCAGCGGUGAGAGCGAAAGUGCACGACAUUGGGUACAGACUGUGACUGGAGCAGAGACAUAGCCAGAGCCAGAGCCAGAGCCAGAGACUUGGCCAGAGAGUGAGAGUCUGGCACUGAGUCUGACUCGGACUCUCCAGUACAUCCGACAACGGGAAAUCAACGUUGGUAGAGCGAAGUGAAGCUGUUGUUGCUGUGCUGUAAUAAGUUGAUUGUGCGGUAAUUUCGGUUUCACUUGCCAGCAGCCUACACAGACAGACGCCAACGUUAACCCCGAUGCCAGACAGAGGCACAGCCACAGACACUCGCACUCAGACUCAGAGAGAGAGAUGGCCAAAAGCAGAGUCUCAUUAUUGGCCAGCUCGCUUGGCCUGGCCACGCAUGCGCAGUGCCCAAAAGUCGCAUCAUCAUCAACAUCAUCAUGAGCAUAGCAAAAACCCUCUCGCAUCCAUUGGACUGCGAAUGUGUUGGAGUUGGUGUUGGUGUCCGCUGUGCCGCGCUCUGUGGCAGGCAGCCACAGCCACAGCCGCCGCUGCCGUGCUGUGCAUCUAGCUGGAUUUCUGUAUAAAUUGAUGAUGCGGCUGCAGUGGUUCGUCAGUGAAGCAUUUGAUUUGGUCUAAUAAACAACAUCCGAGCAAGCAGUCGAGGAUACAGAAACACCUAGGAUUACUGUGAUAGUGCCAGUGCAAAGUGUGUGCGUGUUAGAUCGUAACCGAGAAUCAGAGAAUCCGAGUCUCUAAGAACCCGUGACCCAAGAUCCAAGAGAAUCCAAGCAACGCGUCUUUUCCGUCCACUCAACCCGUGACUAAGCAGCCAUGAAAGCCUUCAUUCUUAUGUCCUGUCUGGCCCUGGCCGCGGCCCGUCCUGAGGCCGGCUACAACUACAACCGUCCCGGAGGCGGCGGUGGCUCCGGCGGCGGCUUUGGAGGUGGCUCCAGCGGCGGUUUCGGAGGUGGCUCUAGUGGAGGAUUCGGAGGUGGCUCCAGCGGCGGUUUCGGAGGUGGCUCUAGUGGUGGAUUUGGAGGUGGCAGCGGCGGCGGAGGAGGCGGUGGCUUCGGUGGUGGAUUCGGCGGCGGCUCCGGUGGCGGAGGAGGAGGAGGCGGUGGCUUCGGAGGUGGAUUCGGCGGCAGCUCCGGUGGCGGAUUCGGAGGAGGCGGCAGCAUUGGCGGAUUCGGAGGUGGAGGCGGCGGCGGCGGCGGCGGUGGCACCACCUUAGUGCAGAAGCACAUCUACGUGCAUGUGCCGCCACCAGAGCAGGACGAAGUGCGUCAGCGCCCCAACCUGCCAGUUGGCCAGUCGCAGAAGCACUACAAGAUCAUCUUCAUUAAGGCCCCAUCCCCGCCCUCGUACCAGGCUCCAGUCAUCCCCCUGCAGCCCCAGAACGAGGAGAAGACCUUGGUCUAUGUGUUGGUGAAGAAGCCCGAGGACCAGCAGGACAUUGUCAUCCCCACACCGGCACCCACACAGCCCUCAAAGCCCGAGGUGUACUUCAUCAAGUACAAGACCCAGAAGGAGUCUGGCGGUAUCUCAGGUGGCAUCUCCGGUGGCAUCUCCGGUGGCGGCAGCGGUGGCUUCACUCAGUCCAACUCUGGCAGCGGCUACACCACCGGCGGCGAUGGUGGCUUCACCGGCGGCGACAGCGGCUCCAUCUCGGCCCCGUCCAGCAACUACGGCCCACCCGGCAAGUCCGGCCCCUACUAAGAAUCUCUCCAUCCACCAUCUACCAUACGAACUUCGAACUCAACUUCGGCUCAAGCUGCUGACUAGUCCUGUCGUUGACACGCCCCCCACUCUCUCACAGAAUCUCCACCACAUCGACAUCAACAUUAACCACACAUCAGCAUGACCACCAACACCACAAACACUGCGACUUGACCCGAAACGUGACGAUCUUCUACCACACAUGUGUCCCUUCUUCUGGUCCCCGACACAGCCACAUGCCCCCAAAACGGGGCUAGUCUCCGCUCGGAUCGCUAGCCCCAACCACGCCCGCAAAUGGGAUAGUGCUUUCCGCCCAUGUCUUUUGUAUAUAAUACUUUUCCAAACUCACUUUCUCUCUCCCACUAUACUACUUUCCAUAUCUUUCCAUCUGUCAGUCGCACUUCGUCCGACCAGAGUCUGAAAACCCUAAACUUUGCCCUGAAAAUUCUAUUAGCUAAUAGGCGACGAGUGCGGGUUCCUUGGAUGGGAACCUCGCUUGGGCGCCCGAAAGAGCGAUGGCAGAAGAAGAUAAUAAUGAUGAUGAUAAUAAUGAUGAUGAUGAUAUAGAAGAUGAUUUAGCGGGGCUUGACACAAUGCUCCAUGCAUACACAUAAAUAUAUAUAUAUUUUAAUUAUACUAGAAUAAGUACUUUAUGCUCAAUAAAAAAAAACAAC